CGACGUCGUACGUCAAAUCUGUCUAACAUCUUGCGAUUGUAUCAAUUAAUUUGACAUUUUCCUUGUAAUAGUUAAUAAUAUUUAUUGCAAAAUGAACCCGUGCGUGGUGUUUUAACAUGUUAUUAAAAUAAAUUCUUCUCGAAGUGCCAGUUUGAAUGUAAAGUUUGGUUAAUGCCCAAAACAAUGUCCAAAGAUGAAGACAUUUUUUGGUAUCAUGGAAAAUUAUCUCGGGAAGCUGCUGAAAACAUACUCAACGAGGACGGACGACCCGAUGGAAGUUUCCUAGUUCGUGAGAGCAACUCAUCUUCUGGAGACUUUGUAUUAUCAGUACGUCAUAACAACGAUGUAAGUCAUUUCCAAAUCCGUAGACAUACCGAAGAUGCAUUUUUUUCUAUUGAUGAAAGUACAAAAAUCCAUGGCCUUGAAAGUUUGAUAGAACACUAUGUCAACACAAAGGGGGUUCUCUCUGAGGGUUUAUCUUUAACUGUUCCGGUCAAGGGCGAUGCCCCCCCUGAUAACUCGCGCAGACAUGGGCGCACAAAUCUCCUCCACCGAGCAACAAGUCAAGGGAACUACACAAUAGUAUCAGAAUUAUUAAAGACUGGGUAUAGACAUGAAGCGAAAAAUCAGAAUGGACAAACUGCCGUCCAUUUAGCCAGUAUGAACGGCAAAGACGACAUCCUUCGAAAACUCAUAGAAUACGGAGCUAGCGUAAAUUUACGAGAUACUGCUGGCUACACUCCUCUACAUUACGCUUGCCAAAAUAAUUACGCCAGUACUGUAAGACUCCUCGUCCAAGUAGGGAACGCUAAUAUACAGUCUAGGAAUACCGAGACAGGUGCUGUUCCUUUACACGAAUCUGCUAGUCGCGGUCACAAAGAAGUCGUUAAAGAGUUGUUAAGUUUAAACGCUCCUGUGAAUCCCCGAGAUCAGGAAAACCGACUGCCAUCACAUCUUGCUAGGAAAAAUGGGUUUAUCGAGUGUGCGGAAAUUUUAGAAAAUUACCAAUGUCCAGCACCCAGGACUCAUAAGAGUCAGUGGUACCAUGGGACUUUGGAUCGCAGCGAAGCGGAGACCAUUAUUAAACAGUUCAGUACGAAAGAUGGGACGUUUUUGGUCCGAUGGAGCGACCGCAACAAAGAACCUGUUUUGACACUCAUUAGUGAAAAUUUGUUUUAUAAUUACAUCAUUAGGAAGCAAGACGAUUAUUUAUUUAUUGACAAUGGACCUUACUUAGAAUCUUUAGAACAUAUAGUCGAAUACUAUAGCUUUAUACCGGAUGGGUUACCUACCAUGUUACAAACUCCAGUACCUCCUAAACCUAAGCCACCUUUGCCAGAAUUUUCUACUAUUCCUAGACAAAAAAAGAAAAGUGGGGGGGUUAAAUCGCAACAAGAUAUUUUGAAUAUUACUGAAUCUCAAUCUCUAAAAUAUCCUAGUCAGUUUCAAAAUAUUCAGUUUACAACAAAUUUCUCAAAUAACAAUAAUUACAUGACGAACGAGAAUGAAGAAGACUAUAUACCUUUAGAACAAUUACAUCUGGGUAAUGUGAUUGGAGAAGGUGAAUUUGGUUCAGUUUAUAAAGGUACUUACACUAAAAGGAAUAAUGAGGUUAUAAAUGUUGCAAUAAAAACAUUAAGAAAUGAACAAAUCGAAACAAAUAGAGGAGCAUUUCUGAGCGAAGCACAUGUCAUGAUGAAACUAAAUCACCACUGUGUUGUCAAAUUAAUCGGGCUUUCGGUAGGACGCCCUUUGUUAAUGGUACAAGAAUUAGUUGCUUUAGGGUCCAUGUUACAUUAUAUUAUUUUAUACAAAGAUCGGAUUAAUCCUGACUAUGAAUUCAAAAUCUGGGCUGCCCAAAUAGCUUGCGGGAUGAAUUACUUAGAAGAACAAAGAUUUAUUCAUAGGGAUUUAGCGGCAAGAAACAUUCUGCUUGCGUCUCAACACCAAGCAAAAAUUAGCGAUUUUGGUUUAUCCAGGGCUUUAGGAACCGAUCACGAAUACUAUAGGGCUAUGCAAGGUGGGAAGUGGCCUUUAAAAUGGUAUGCGCCUGAAUCGUAUAAUUAUGGUCAGUUUUCUCAUAAGAGCGACGUGUGGAGUUUUGGAGUGACCAUUUGGGAAAUGUAUAGUUUUGGAGACGUUCCGUACGGAGAAAUGAAAGGAUCAGACGCUAUCAAGGUUAUUGAAGACGGAGAUCGGUUGAAACAACCCGAAGCUUGCCCCGAUCGCAUUUACGAAGUGAUGAUGAAGUGUUGGGAGUACGAUGCGGAAAACAGGCCUACGUUUAAAGAACUGUUAGAUUUCUUUUCGUCCGACUCCGACUAUAUGAAUAUUAGAGAACUCUUACCGGAAGCCAAUUUGGCUUAAUUUUAAUAAUUUUAUAUGAAUUAUGUGCCAACGAAAUUUUAAAUAUUUUGCAUACUCAUAAGUGCAAUAUAGUAAUUUUACACUAUAAAUAAUUUCCGAUUUUAUUUUAUUCAUUCCACUUUGUACAAACAGUGAUAAAUAAAAGUAUUUUUAGGAAUA